AGGGAGAGUCAAGCACAGUGAGUAUCGGAAUCUAAUUGUGUAAAAGUUCGCGCGGGAUUUCAAAGCGCACAGAGCAGAAAUCAUGGCCAACAAGGCGCAGGCUCCCUACCUCCAUCUGGCAGAGCUCACGGCGUCCCAGUUCCUCGAAAUCUGGAGACACUUCGACAGUGAUGGAAAUGGCUACAUUGAGGGUAAGGAGCUGGAGAACUUCAUCAGCCAGCUGGAGAUAGCACGGAAAGGGGCAGGCAUGGACCCCAGUAAUACCAGUUUCAGAGAAAAGAUGAAAGAAUUCAUGCAAAAAUUUGACAAGAACGCCGAUGGGAAAAUUGAGAUGUCAGAGCUGGCCCAGAUUCUGCCCACAGAAGAGAACUUUUUGCUCUGCUUCAGGCAGUACGUAGGAUCCAGCUCCGAGUUCAUGGCGGCAUGGAGGAAAUAUGACACAGACCGUAGUGGAUACAUUGAAGCCAAUGAACUCAAGGGGUUCCUCUCAGACCUGCUGAGGAAGGCCAAUCGGUACUACGACGACCAGAAGCUGAACGAGUACACCCAAACAAUACUGAAGAUGUUCGACUUGAAUGGUGACGGGAAGCUGGGCCUAUCUGAGAUGUCCAGGCUGCUACCUGUUCAAGAAAAUUUCCUACUCAAGUUCAAGGGUGUCAAGUUGAACUCUGACCAGUUCAAUGCCAUCUUCACGUACUAUGACAAGGAUGGAAAUGGCUACAUUGAUGAACAGGAACUGGAUGCUUUGCUGAAAGACCUUUAUGAGAAGAACAACAAGGAAAUAGAUGCCAAUAGCAUGAUGGAAUACAAGAAGAGCAUCAUGACCCUGUCUGACAGAGGACGGCUGUACCGCACCGAGCUGGAAAUCGUGCUCUGCAAGGAGUCCCUACUGUGACAGCCCCGUCCUCGGGCCGGAUCUCUCUAACUGUGCUGUAACCAAUUGCAUGUGCUGAUCUCUCCAUUGGUCGGUCUAAAGACACCUUUCAAAGCACAAUCAGGCCUCUGCCUCCCACCCUCACACUCCUUUGUGAAAAUAGCAAAAUGAUAGUAAAUAGGUUGUUUAUUUUUAAAACUUGAAAUAAAAGAAAAUAAUAUAAAUGUGCUUAAGAUAUCAAUAUGCUAAUUUAAUUACCUUGGUCUGAGUUACAAUCUCCUAUUGAAAUUUUUCACUUAUUUAUUUUGUAAGCUUAAUCAUCCUGUGUUUCUUGCCCUUUUUGUGCUUACAUUAUCUCGUUAAUUUAUCCACUUGUUAUUUGAGUAUUGUGUUUUAGUAACAAUAAGAUAACAACAAUAAAGGUCCCAGAUGAUUAGA